AUGUUUUCACGCUUGCUCAUCCUCUCUCUGCUGGUGGGGAACACAGCGUCGGGCCCGGUGAGCAGAGCAGAACCUGCAGCAUCCAGGGAUGUCACCACCUUUUUCCAACUGGCUCAGGAAGACUCUUGGGAGAACGUUAAUCUCACCAGCAUGUCCUGAUGGAUCACCCUGCAGCUGACCAACAGCAGCCUGACAGCUUUCCCUAUCUGCCUUCCAGAGGCCCUGGAGACCUUGGAUCUCAGCAACAACCUCUUGGAAGAGGUGAACGGCACAGAGAUAGCAAACCUCCCGCGGCUGCGCGUCCUCUCGCUGAGGGAGAACCGUCUCUGGUCAGUUAGAUGGGGAUCUGAAGCCCUCAGCAGUCUCCUCUCCCUGGACUUAAGUUUUAAUAAGCUGUCGUCUGUGCCAUCAUGCCACAGCUCUGCCCUGCCUAACUUGAGGUGGUUGUCCCUGGCUGGAAAUCCACUGAUUGAAAUCCAGCCGCUGGCUUUUUCCUGCUACCCUCAGCUACAGUUCCUGAACCUGUCUGCAACACUGCUCGGGCAGGAUGACAGCAGAGGCAUUUGGGAGUCUGCUUUUGCCAUCAGCACCAGUUCUCCCAGUGAGGCCACAAACAGGCCUGGAAACACCAUCAACGUACUUGAUCUGAGCGGGACCUUUCUUGAGAAAAUUCAACCAGAGUGGACCAGAGACUUGCCCAACCUCAGAUCACUUCACCUGACAAAGAUGUCACGAUUAAGAAGACUCGAUACCAACUUCUUCAAGUCCAUGCCUGGUCUCCAAGAGCUGAACUGUCAGGACUCCCACUCACUGGGUUUCGUGAGGACAGAGAUGUUUGACAGUGCUCCUCAUCUGAGGCAUCUCUCGUUUGAGAACUGUAACUUGAGCUCCUUUAAUCCUUGGAAUACCAAUUCAUCGGACAGCAUCAUCAUCAACUUGUACGGAAAUCCUCUGUUAUGCGACUGCCAGCUCUCCUGGCUGCUCUCCGAGCCCAAGAAAGUUGUGCUGCAAAAGGCCUGGGAGACUUUUUGCAACACAUCCCGGGAAGACUGGGGCAGACCUUCAACAUCUUUUUCACUGCUAGAGCUCUACAAUAAAUGCCAGUCUGAGAGAAACGUUACGCUGCCCGAUUCAGACACAGCCUCUCCCAAACACGAUGCUGUCAGUCUUACCACUUACAAUGCCACUACUGUAGUAACGACAACAGACUCUGCUCCGCUAACCAAAGACACUUAUACCAGCUCCCUAAUUCAGAGCAAUGUAAUGAGGACGAUGGCAGCCAACCCAACUGAGAUGAUGCUCACAAAGGCCAACAGUUCCUCCCACGAGGAGGAGGCAGUUUCCGAAUCCACGAGCAAUCCCCCUUCCUUCACAUCCAUAACCACCUCCCCGGCUUUUCUCAAAGAGCUCUCUAAUCAGUCCUCAGAUUAUAGCUCCACGAGUCAAACUGAAACAGAUCAACUAAAGAGAGAGCUCAGAACAACCGGUGCGACGUUUCCCCAGGAAGGCCCGUUCAACCAGCCCACUAGUGAUUCUUCUACUACAGCAACAGGAAACCCCGAUGCCACUGACCAUUACAUUCACUCCUUUGCCACUCACGCUGGGGAAGGUACACCACAAACGAGCCUACCACAGCUGAACUCCACCAGGACCAAUGCUCAGUCAAAGCCUGCGUCCACCAGAUCACUGAUACACUAUGUAGAUGACUACGAUUACGAUGAACAGUCGACAGAAACCCCAGUACAACUGGUAUACACCUCCUGUGACUACAAUCCUUGCAGGCACCUUCAGAAGCCGUGCAGUGAACUUCAGAGAGCAUCCCAAUGUUUAUGCCCUGGCAUGUCGAGGGAAGAUGAGGUUCCAGAUCCACCGAGGCUCAGAGAGGUGACUGAAGUUACAGACAGUUCUGCACAGAUACGCUGGUGUGCCCCAAAUUCAGUUGUUCACACCUAUGAGCUGAUGCUUCAUGCACAAGACAACGAGGACAGACAGUUUGUCCUGGACAAUAUUUAUUCCACAGCAAGGCAGUACACACUGUAUAAUCUAUUACCAUAUACCACUUACCACAUUUGCGUGACUGCUUCGAACAAAGCGGGGUCAAGCCAGACAGCAAGUCAGGGAAUUGCAGGUAAUUCGUGCACCAGAUUUAAAACAAAACCCAGCUACAAGUCUAUCUUUGCUGCUCUGUCUGCAGCAAGUGGACUCUUUCUCAUUUCCACUAUUAUUUUGUCUGUGUGUCUGUGUAAGGCAUGUAAAAAGCCUCAAAGUGAGCAAUAUGGUACACACUUAGUCUCUUAUAAGAACCCAGCAUUUGAUUAUCCGUUAAAACUACAAACCACUAAUUAG